AUGAUUGACCCUCUCAGUUUGCUGGUCCUUUUUGGUGUAGCUGGCAGCAGCCAGCUCGCUUAUGCAUCGCCCGUGACGCAGAAAGCUGAGGCUACAAGGGCAACUUCAUACUCCUACAGUUCUUUUACCUACACGCAGGUCACUUCAACUCGCUAUGCUACUUCACUGAGUGCACCGCUGUCUUUUGCUACCCCAUUCGCUCCAGCAUUUAGCAAGGCGUCAACUCUGCUUCCCAGUAAUGUGACCUAUACAACAUACUCCUUGCAGCCAAGCCAGACUCUCUCUCCAGACGGAGAAUAUGGCCAGAGUGCAUAUGCUGCAUUGUGGGCCAACCUGUCGUAUACUUCUGCGCCUCCAAUCACAACUACCGUCUCCCCUACACCAGUACCCUCUAGCGAGCUGGUAUACCCUCCAACUCUGUACAACAGAAUUGACUAUGCAGACCUGAAGCUCCCAUCUGAUUUUAUUUGGGGCGUCGCAGCCAGCGCAUGGCAGAUCGAAGGAGGCCUCAAGCUCGAAGGCCGCGGCACAUCUAUCCUCGACACCAUCGGUGCUAUCCAGAGUGACGACAACUCCUCAGAUGCCAACAUCGCCGACCUAAGCUACUACAUGUACAAACAGGACAUUGCGCGACUAGCCGCCAUAGGCAUCCCAUACCUCUCCUUCAGCAUCUCCUGGCCACGCAUCGUCCCUUUCGGCGUAGCCAACUCACCCGUCAACACCGAGGGACUCCAGCACUACGACGAUGUGAUUAACACCUGUCUUGAAUACGGCAUCACCCCUAUCGUAACCCUAAACCAUGUCGACUUCCCGACAGCCCAAGCAGCCGACUACUCCACCCUCACGGACAACUUCCUCUACUAUGCGAAGCAAGUAAUGACCCGCUACGCAGACCGGGUCCCCUACUGGGUGACCUUCAACGAGCCCAACAUCGGCAUCGGCACGAGCUUCACCUCUUACAACGACCUCACGCAUGUCCUAACCGCACACGCGGCCGUCUACCACUGGUACAAAGAGGAACUGCAAGGCACGGGCCAAAUUACCAUGAAGUUCGCCAACAAUCUCGGCGUUCCCCUGGAUCCCUCCAACAGCAGCCACGUCGACGCCGCCCUCCGAUACCAAGACUUCAUCCUGGGAAUUAUGGCCAACCCAUUAUUCCUCGGCGAACAAUACCCCUCGACUGUCCUCAACACGCCUAACCUUAACCUCACCCCACUCACCCAAACCCAACUCUCUACUAUCAACAACACCGUCGACUUCUGGGCCUUCGAUCCCUACGUCGCGCAAUUCGCCCUCCCCCCUCCAGAAGGAAUCUCCGCCUGCGCAGCCAACUCUUCCAACAGCGCCUGGCCCGAAUGCGCCACCCUAACCAUGAUCCAAUCCGACGGAUGGCUGAUGGGCGACAUGUCUAAUGCAUAUUCCUCCAUCGCGCCACAGUACGUCCGCCAGCAACUAGGGUAUGUCUGGAACACAUUCAGGCCGUCAGGGAUAGUGAUCGCAGAGUUUGGAUUCAACCCAUUCGACGAAUCGUUAAAGGAGGGCGAUGCCCAGCGAUAUGAUCUGGAACGUACGCUAUAUUACCAGGACUUCCUGGAGGAGAUGCUGAAGGCGAUUCACGAGGACGGAGUGAACGUGAUUGGAACGCUGGCAUGGAGUUAUCUGGAUAACAAUGAGUUCGGGAGUUAUGGGAACCAGUAUGGAAUGCAGAGUGUGAAUCGCACGGAUGGGACGUGGGAGAGGAGGUAUAAGAGGAGUAUUUUCGAUUAUGUGGAUUUUUUCCACGAGCAUGUUAGCAGUUAG